AUGGAGGACGCGAAGGAGCCGGUGAGAUGUUCGUCGUCGUUCAGUAUCAAAAGCCUCUUGCUGCCGUCCAAGUGCGAGGCUCGCGCCGACUCUUUCGCUUCCGGGACGCCGCUUCUCGAGCCUCUUUCCCCGGGCUCCGACGCCGAGAGGUCGCCGGGAGGAGCCGGGGGCUCGGACCCGGACAAGGCGCCGCAGGAGGACGGCAUUAAGGCGGAGGAGUCGGCUGCCGCACCUGAAGACACCGGUACCGGCACCGGUUCGUCGUCGGCGGCCAAGAACGGCAAAUACGACAAGCCGCCCUUCUCGUACAACGCGCUGAUAAUGAUGGCGAUUCGCCAAAGCCCCGAGAAGCGCCUGACGCUUAACGGCAUCUACGAGUUCAUUAUGAAGAACUUCCCCUUCUACCGCGAGCACAAGCAGGGUUGGCAGAACUCCAUCCGCCACAAUCUGAGCCUCAACAAGUGCUUCGUCAAGGUGCCGCGUCAUUACGACGACCCGGGCAAGGGCAACUACUGGAUGUUAGACCCCAGCAGCGACGACGUCUUCAUCGGCGGCACCACCGGCAAGCUCCGCCGGCGCUCGGCCACCUCGCGGGGGAAGCUGGCCAUCAAGCGCGGCCUGCGCUUCGCCCCGCUCGGCUUGGGUGUCAACGAACGACCGGGCAACCCGCUGUACUGGCAGAUCUCGCCCUUCCUCUCCCUGCACCACCACCAUCACCACGCGCACGCGCACCCGCACUCGCACCCGCACCCGCACUACAACGGCUCGUCGCCGGCUUUCCUCAACCAGGCGGCCGGCUACGGUUCGCUGCUGCCCGGCGUGGAGCAGCUGGCCAACGGGGACUUGAGCCGCGGCGGAGGCGGCGGCGGCGCGCUCGGACUCACGAACUCGUACGGCGUCGGCGCAUCGCUGCUGUCCGCGGCGCCGAGCUACUUCGUCUCGGGGAGCCAGCCGCCGGGCCCGCCCGGGGGUGCCGCAGCUCCGCCGCCGGCCCCGCACCUGCAGCAGGGCGCGACCGGCUACGGGGGGCUUUCGAGCGGCGGGAACGGCGGCGGCAGUCCACCGCACUCACACUCGCACCCGCACUCGCACCCGCACUCGCUGCUCUCGGACUCGCUGAGAAGCGGCUCGGUGGCGGCCUUCUCGCAGUCGGCCGUGUCGGCUGCGGCGGCGGCCUUCCCGGGCGUGCUGGGCCACCAGAAAAGGGUCACCCCCAGCGCCUUCCUAAACUGA